AUGUAAAAUAUGUCAAAAGCCACAACAAUCAAAGAAGCCUUGAAACGUUGGGAAGAACGUGAACAGCAAAGCGCCGUGGAGGCCAAAGUAAUCGAAUUGCAAUUCCAAUGGCCGCCAAUCGAGAAAAUGGACAACACGCUCAGCACACUGGUUAAUUGCGAACGCCUCAGCCUGUGCACAAAUAUGGUAGAGAAGAUUUUCGGUCUGAAUGGCAUGAAAAACUUACGUGUGUUGUCCUUGUCACGGAAUUAUAUUAAAAAUGUAUCGGGUUUGGAAGCUGUCGCUGAUACACUCAUCGAAUUAUGGCUCAGCUAUAAUUUGAUCGAGAAACUGAAGGGUCUCUCCGCUUUGAAAGCUCUAAAAGUGCUUUAUAUAAGCAAUAAUGUGAUCAAGGAUUGGAGUGAGAUUAAUCGCCUACAAGAAUUGGAAGCACUUGAGGAUCUUGUGGUGGUAGGUAAUCCCAUAUCCGAAGGCAUAGAUGAGGCCACAUAUCGGGCGGAGUGUAUCAAACGUUUGCCAACGAUUCGAAAAUUGGAUGGCGAACCAGUGGUGAUGAAUGAGGAACCAACAUUAUAA